GACCGAAACCCCACCCAGUGGGAUAAAUCCCUCCUGUUUGCCACCAGUCAGGCAAAACCGAUGAAGCCUAUUGCAUCAGGUGGGGCUCCUGAAGCAGCGGGUGUGGAAGCACAGGUGCUGAGCAGCAGGUUGCACAGAGAUCGCCUGGGUUUUACCGGCUGGCAUACUGCUCAUCAAGACGGAAAGGAUGUUUGUCUUUUACCGAGUUUCAACAAUGAGAAUCAUCACAGCAAGAACUUUCUUGCUGGUGGGAGCUUUUCUAUUGGUCCUCUAUCUCUGUAAAGAUUUUAGUGACCACAAAACAGGUCACCUCUACUUAGAUGUAAGAGAAAAUGACAGUAAAAUAAGGCAAACCACCACAAAUAACUCCUAUGUAUACUCCUGGCCAAACUGUCAACAAAAUAUGUCUGCUGCCAACAUCACAGACUUCAACAAGCUUCCUGGUCAUAUACAGGACUUUCUCUACUAUCAACAUUGUCGCCAUUUCCCCAUGCUGCUGGACAUUCCUGACAAAUGUGGGGGAGCUGAUAGAUCUGCAGAAGUCUUCCUUCUUCUGGUCAUUAAAAGCUCCCCUGUGAACUACGACCGCCGAGAAGUGCUGCGUAAAACCUGGGCUAAAGAGAGGUUACACAAUGGCAUAUGGAUCCGAAGGCUCUUCAUCUCAGGAACGAUGGAUUCUGGUUAUGAGAAAAAAAGACUCAACAAACUACUUGAACUGGAGCAGCGCGAGUACAAUGACAUCCUGCAGUGGGACUUCAGUGACUCCUUCUACAACCUCACCUUGAAACAGAUACUCUUCCUGGAAUGGAUGGAAAGAAACUGCCCAAAAGCUCGUUUCCUGCUAAACGGAGAUGACGACGUCUUUGCCAACACAGACAACAUGGUUGAGUAUCUCAAAGGCCUCAUGGACAAUGAUGGAAGCAAGCACCUCUUUACUGGCCAACUGAUUGAGAAUACGAAGCCCGUUAGAUGGUCACAGAGCAAGUAUUUUAUCCCAGUUCAGGUGCAGGAGUCAGAGUCAUACCCCCCGUACUGUGGUGGUGGCGGCUUCCUAUUGUCUGGAUAUACAGCUUUGGUUAUAUACAAUAUGUCCCUCUCCUCUACCAUUCAUCCCAUUGACGAUGCUUACAUGGGGAUGUGUCUGGCCAAAGCAGGACUUGCUCCUGCUUCCCAUAUCGGUGUGAAGACUUUAGGGCUGGAUGUUCCCUCUAGCAAAGUAGAUGGAUACGAUCCCUGCUAUUAUAAAGACAUGUUACUGGUACACAGAUUCCUUCCAGCUCACAUGUAUCUUAUGUGGCACAGUAUACAUGAUCCCCAUCUGAAAUGUGGUCUAGAAAAGCAAUUGGUCUAACAGCACAAAACUGUUAAAUAUAUGUGGUGACAAAGCUUGACACUUGCUGCACCUACUCUAAUGUUGCAAGUGCGGGAGUACCUUUCCUGCUUCUGUCAUGGAAAUAGAAUUCAAUUGUUUCCUACCACUGAUGAGCUAUAGGCUUCAGAGCCAAUUUAAACUUUAUUCUUAAUGUAAAUCAUGGGGGUGAGCAGCCAGCCAAAUACAACUGCACAGCAGUAGAGUGACAGAUCCUUGAUGAGCACAUCUCACAAGAAUGACGGGACUGACAUUUUUCUAACUUUUGUACGGUCUUGUUAUUUUAAAAAUGCAAAAUCUGUUAGAUUCACUCACUCGUCAGAGAGUGAGUGAGUGAUGAAAGACAGACCCAGAGGGCUGACUUCAGUGCAAGUGAUUUAAUAGUGCUGUGCAAUAUAAACAGUGAUGUGUAAAGGUAAACCAACUAUGUAAUGUAGGACCAGGCAAUGAUCAGCUAGCAGGAAAAACAACAGAUGAAGGGUUGGAUAUGAUGAGGAAGGCUGAGCUACGGACACUAGGGUUACUCCCGGUCUGGCCGGUGGGUGAUAGAUGGCUGGGGAGAACAGAGUAGACAGAGAUGGUGAGUAGAUGGAGUCCAAGGACUGUGUACC